CCUCUCCCCUUCAAUUUUUGAAUCUUCCCCCGUCUGAUGUGCUGGUUUGAUUUCUGAUUUUAGGGUUUUUAUUUUGAGACCGGUUUUCUUCCCCUUUUUGCAGUAGCUUCAGCUCUCUACACUCACUUCAUACUUCAACCAACAAUAUACUUUGUUACCUCAAACAGUGCCAAUGUAUUCACGUGGUCGCGAUUUUUUGUUCUGUCACUUGUGUGGGACAAUGCUCACAGUUCCCUCAACUGAUUAUGCACUGUGCCCCUUGUGCAAAACCAAGUGUAACAUAAAAGAUAUUAAAGGAAAGGAAAUAAGUUACACAAUUUCUGCUGAGGAUAUCAGAAGAGAACUUGGAAUUGAUUUAAUUGAAGAACAGAAGGUGCAAUUGUCUAAGGUCAACAAAACAUGUGAAAAAUGUGGUCAUGGCGAAGCUGCCUUUUAUACCAGACAGAUGAGAUCGGCGGAUGAAGGGCAAACUACUUUCUACACAUGCACCCGGUGUGGUCAUCAGUUUCAGGAGAAUUAAGUUUGAACCGUGUAUGAACAGAUUGUCUACACUCUUUACUUUCUUUUUUGUCCCCUUGGCUGAAAUAUGCUCCCAUUUUCUACAUUAAUUUGGAGAGAGCUUUGUCUGUGCAAGUAGAAGUUUUGAUCCUAUGUAGCUUGUGCAAUGCCUGAAAAUUUAUACUGAAAUCAAACAUAGAAAAGUUGUUAUUUUGGUGUUAAAUAUUAAGUACCUUGUGGCAGUUGGCUCUUUGUUAGUGUGCUAAUUUAUCUACAACUCUGCGUGUUGAUGACUUGAUGUUACUAAUACUACUUGGUACUUGGUCCCUUUUUUUGGUGAAUAGUACUUGGUUCCUUUAAUCA